AUACCGUGCAUCCACGAGGAACUUCACAACUCUCUUGUCUCCCUGCAGGAAUUGUCACAUACACUUCCACAAAUUCAAUCACAUGUAGCUGAAAUACGACGUUUAUACGAUUCUGGUCGAGAGAAAGCCAAGACUCUCGUGACAGACCUCAGUUGGUUGAACACCGAAUGGCACGAGCGUUGGCGACUUAUCAUCUUCACGAAUCACUCCCCAGUUUCGAGGUGGUGGACUGCCACAAUGCGCGUCUUGUUUGCUGCAACUUUUAUAACAUUUGGAUGGAUUGCUUGGGUGGCAAUUGCGGGUGCCUAUACAGCUCAUAGACAAAGGCUUGUCUGGGGGGAGAGGCUGAUGUCUUAG